CAACACACUUCCACUCUCUCUCUCUCUCUCUCUCUCUCUCUCUCUCUACUGCUUAACUCAAAGUGCAAAGUGAAGUUUGAAAUGGUUGCGUAAAGAAGAAGUUUGGUAUCUCUGUGUUUUCUUUAGAAAAUUACACCACACCACAUUCGGAAAUGGGACUGAAAGAUCAGACUCCUCACAAAGACAAAGAAAGAGUUGAAGCUGUCCUUGCCCUUCUACGAAAACAACCUCCUCUCACCCUCAAACAGGAGAAGUUCUGCAACAGAGCAUGUGUAGAGAGGUUUCUGAAAUCGAAAGGUGAUAAUGUGAAGAAAGCUACGAAGCAACUACGUGCUUGCCUUUCUUGGAGACAGAGUAUCGGCACUGACCAUUUGAUAGCUGAUGAGUUCUCGGCUGAGCUCGCGGAAGGGGUGGCCUAUGUCGCCGGUCACGACGAAGAAUCCAGACCUGUCAUGGUGUUCCGCAUUAAGCAAGACUACCAGAAGUUUCAUUCUCAAAAAAUGUUUACUCGUUUACUGGUGUUCACUCUGGAAGUUGCCAUUCAAACUAUGGCCAGAAAUGUUGAAAAAUUUGUUCUGCUCUUUGACGCGAGCUUUUACAGAUCAGCAUCAGCUUUCAUGAACAUGUUGGUGGCAACACUGAAGAUCAUAGCCGAUUACUAUCCUGGUCGUCUUCACAAGGCUUUUGUCAUUGAUCCUCCCUCUCUUUUUUCUUAUCUUUGGAAGGGUGUACGGCCAUUUGUUGAGUUGUCAGCGUUGACCAUGGUGGUGUCAUCCCUUGACUUCGAAGAGCCUUUGGAGUUCAACUACAUGUCAUCCUACCCACGAUCCUCGUCCCUCCGAUUUGACCCCUCAUUUGUCCCACCAACAGCCAAGAAGCUCGCUUCUUGCUCCUCGCGCUUCUCUUUCACCGUAUCCCACCACCUGGACUCACUCAAGCCUUGGCAUCUCACCUUGACUGACACGUCAGCAUCCAAAGUGGGUCCCAUCGGCCCCUCCCCAUUGGGCCCAUCUCUAAUCUCCCCCCUCAACGCUCGGUCCAUGUCAUUCGCAUCACCGGUUGCUAGGGCAACUCCUAGUAGCAUCAACGGCUCAAAAAGGAGCUUCUUUCCAUCAACACCGCUACCCCAAAAGACCCAAAUGAUGGACCAUACUGGCAUCAACCAUCCGAGGACUCCAAAACCCUCGUUCCUUCAAUCACCGGCUGUGUUCUUCCGCAAGGACUACCACAUCAACAAGUCCGAAAAGUCUCGGGAUUCGUUCCUCCCAUUUUUGAAGUUUUAUCGCCGACCGUACGAUGAGAUGACUUAUAGGUCAAAAAUGAGGCCCCCAUUAGGUGGUCUCAUCUCCAUUGUCUCUCCCCAACUUAGGCGUCGCCACAUGUCGAUUUCACAACGAUUUUGACAAACUAAAUGAAUGCAUACAAUAUUAUACAUUGAUCAGAGAUAAGAUUAGAUCCUCUUACCCCAUCUCUUCUAUUCUUAUUCCAAAUUACCUUUCGACAAGGCUAUCAAGUUUGAGGCUUAUGGUGUAAUAGAAACAUUGUUUGGGAAAGGAAUCAAAAAAGGUACGGGGACAAAAACUCUCGUGUGAUUAGAAAUACCUUACUAAUAAUUAAUAUUAUUAUUAUUGUU